AUGACCACCAACGCGGGCUCUGCCAUCUCCAAGAUGAUCCCUGGCGAUCGUCGCGACCUUCGCUUGAGACAGUUUGAAGAGGAUCCGACUGAUGAAGUCCCCGAGGAAGAGGCGGAGGAGCCGCAGGAUGAAGAUCCCGAGGACGAAGAAGACUCUGAUGAUGACGAAAAAUCUGACGACGAGGAAGAGGACUCUGAUGAUGAUGACGACUCUGACGAUGACGAGGACUCUGAUGACGAUGACGAGGAUGAUGAAGAAGAAUAUGGUGAUGAUGACGAGGAAGAGGUUGAUGAGGACAACGAAAGUGACGAAGAUGACGAGGGCCCUGAAGACGAAGAAGUCCCCGAGGACAACGAGCCUGACGAAGAGGAGCCUACCGAGGGAGAAUUUGUUCGGAGACGGAGACGAGUCUGUUGA